CACGGACAAAUAGUUGUGAACAGAUUGAGCCAAUGAAGGUAUUUUCAGUCCUGCUUCUGUUCAUGGUGCUACAUGAACUGAAACUGCUGCACAAUAGUUGCAAGGACAAUGCUUAUUUUGCUGAAGGGGUAAGGCUGCAAGCUAUUUCGUUGUUGGUCAUAGAUCUAGUUCCUUCCGACGAUGCGUCGUCUAAGUUGAAGGUGGUGUCGGAUAGGCGCAGACCACUACGACCACCACCACCAAAAGCAAAUCUCGGGCGACAUCCCAAACAUUCCCCCGUGCCCCCAUCGCCACCAGGCUGUCCACCUCCACCUCCACCUCCACCUCCACCUCCACAGCCACCAACACCACCAUGUUGA